AUUCUCCUGAAGGAAGGCUUUGAGCCAGCGGUGCCGGGCCCGGCGUGUAGCGGAUGUUGCCACAGCGCAUCUGCGUCGUGCGACUCUGCGUGUUCUUCGGGCCACUACCCCUUCUACAACAUGUGUGUGCAGCGCAGCGAGAUGGUGGCCCGCAGCGCCCGCCUCAGGGCUGAGUUUGAGGCCCGGGACCGGCUGAAGCUAGACCUGGACAACAAGUGCACGGAGCUGGGGGCCCCGUGGGGCGGGCAGGGCAAGGUGGCGGGCGGCACACAGACGCUGCGCUCCCUGCGACUGGUGGCCUCCAAGGAGACCUCGGUGUCGCCAGGUACCGUCAGUCUGUGGCAGGGCACCAAGAACUUCUCCGCUCAGUUCCCGCCAAAAACCCAAGACUUUGGGCUACAGACGUCGCUGGAGGACCUCCCCCCCCAGGACACGACCCACCAAUCACAGCAGACCUCGCCCUACACGCCCGAGCGGGACCUCUUCUCUCUCCUUGAGGAGGUCUGUGGCAAGUACACCGGCCAGCCGCCCACUACUGCUGAUGCUGCUGCUGCUGCUGCUGCUGCUCCCCCUCUCAGCGAUCAGCCACAGCGGUCGCCCCAGCACCCUGUGUCGGAGUUACUUGCUCCUGCCCCCGACGGCCGACCGUGUGAGAGGUGGGCGCGCAUAGACCAGCGGUCCGACCCCGCGGGCGACCCCCCACGGGCGCGCAUUGACCAGCGUGCCGACCCCCCUGGCGACUCCCCGCGCCACCACCCCCUCCCGCGGGCCGCCUCGGCCAGUGAGUGUGGCCAACUGGCACGUGUGCGCAGCGAGCACGUGCGUCGAGGCAUGAGUCUGUCUCCCUCUCGCAUGGGCCUCACCAGCUACUACACACACCGCUCUCUGCCAGACCUGGCCUUCCUCAAGCCAGACCGGCGCCACGCCCGCGGGGAGGGGGAGGACGGGGGGGCAGAGCCCGGGGGGUCCCUGUUCGAUCCUGUCAAGAUUCCCAUCAUCCUGAGCCCCGUGGUGGGGGUGGGACCGGCCGGGGGGUCAUGGUGUCCCCAUUGUUCCCAGCAGUCCCCACACUCCUCCCCACGAUCCCACUCCUCCCCACGAUCCCACUCCUCCCCACGAUCACACUCCUCCCCACGAUCCCACUCCUCCCCGCGCCUCCACCCCUCUCCCUGCCCCCACAGCUCCCCCCGCUCCCUGUCUUGUCCCCACUCUCUGUGCGGCCCGUGUUGCCAGCGAGGACACCCACCAACCACCCACAGCUCCCCGGCCAACAACAAGUCUUCCCCUGCCAAAACCUUCAGCAGGAAGUCCAAGUCAUGCACGAGUGUGUCGCCCGCCGCCCGCCCGCCCGCCCCCGCACAGCCGCGCUCCGGCAGCCAUGACACCUUCACUCACGGCAAGCGGGUCGCGGCGCCACGCCGGUACACCCACACACCUCCCAAAGACCAGCCGCAGCCCGCCCGCUCCCGCCCCGUCUCUCACUCCCCGGCGUGUUCUCGGCUGCGACGAGUCCCAGGGGCAGACAACUCCCCCUCGGAGCCCCCGAGCGGGCGGAGGACUGGCUCCCUACAGCGUGGGGUAGAGAAGUCCCCAGCCCCCCCUCGCUCCCACUCCCAGCCCUCACAGGUGUACCCCACCACCCCCACCACCCCCAGCGUCAAUUCUUCCAGGUCCAGCCCUCACGUGGGUCGCCACACGGGCCGCUCCCCCCCACAGCCGGGGGUCGCCGCAAGUGUUGCCAGGCGGGACGGCCCAACGGGGACCAAAAAGCAGACGGCUCGCGACAGUGUGGCCCGUGGGGAGACAGAGGAAGUGUCCAAGCCACGUCCAGCCGCGCGGAGAGGUCGUAUCCCCGUGCCUGUCGGUAAGACAGGUGGGUCAAGACCACCGGGGGCUGGUGCACGCUCCGAGAGGUCAUCGGGGUCGUCAAACCCUAGCACGCCAGACACAGGCCAGCCCGCGCUCACCGACCUACGCUCACCCGACAGUGGCCAAUCGUCGCCACGGCAACCGCGCAGCCAGCCACAAGGGUCACAGGAUGUUGUCGCAGACACCAAGGCUCAGUCCCAGGGGAAGCGUGGGGCAGUGGGCGGGGCUUGUGAGGAAGGGGCGGAGUCAGCCCAGGUUUAUGAGGGAGAUAGUGGAGAGAUGGUGGAGAGAGACCCUGGAGAGAUAGCAGAGAGAGACAGAGAGACAGCAGAGAGAGACGCUAGAGAAACAGUGGAGAGAGACAGAGAGACCGCAGAGAGAGAUGUUGGAGAGAGGGAGAGUGGAGAGACAGUGUCAGAUUUGUCGGCUGUUGAAGUGUCCAGUCCGGCCGGUGAAGACGAUGUUAUGGCCCACCGGGGGGAGAGUGAGGAGGAGGAAGAGGAUGAGGAGGAGGGUGUGGAGGGUGAGGAGUGUGACCCACACAGCGGGGCGUGCGGCGGCUGCCCCUGUGGCCACCAGACUGACCCUGGCCUGACCCACUGCUGUGACCUCUGCCCCACAGAGCAGCCGGACGCCCAAACCCCCGGCCUCAUCGACGGCCGCCAGUGCUCACAGCUGUCCCCAGACUUAGAGAGAAUCUUGUUCCAGCCUCCACAUCUGGACACCGGGGCGGGGGAGGAAGAGCUGGGGUCGGAGGAAGUGAGCGGAGAGGGAUGGGGUCGGAUCCAGGUGGAGGUGGCGAGUCCCCCGUCUCUGGGCCAGGCCCUCUACUCCUCUCUCUGUGACAUGCGCAGCUCGGCCAGCGGUAAGGCUUUGAUGGACAGGAAGGGCAGCCACUGCCCGCCACCACCCUCCAGCCACCCACACAGCCCGUACGCAGACCUCGCGGACAGUCCCACACUGGCAGGGAAAGUGUCGGUGGGCUGUGCGGGGGUGGCGUGUGGCGUGUCAGAGGCGCAUCGUCGCUGGAGCACGGGCUGUGCCCUGAGUAGCUUCCAGCUGGACGACCUGUACGCCGUGCCCGAGGAGAGCGGGGCUAGCGCCAGUCUGUCGCCGCAGUCGUCCUACGAGGACUUCCUGCCCGCACACAGCAGCAGCGCCUGUCUCGACCACAGGGGGCGCUUCGACUGGUCGCACACCGACUUGUGCUGCGGUCACCACCACCACCACCACCACCGCCAGCACCAUCACAACAACAACAACAACAACGACCACCACCAGGAGGAGAGAGAGGAGUCGGUGACGGAGGCGGAGCUGGCAGAGAUGGCGGAGGUCGCCAGCUUUGAGCAGGAGCUUCUGCGUCGCUACCAACAAUGGCUUAGGGAGAGGAAACCGCUCAAGUCCUGUCUCAGGAAGACAGCCUCGGGGUCAGUGUCGGGGGGUGUAUGCGAGGGUGUAUGUUAG